GCUCUCGCCAGCACGCUGUUCGUUAAUCAACCUAAAGGCUGGAUGGAGGAGGCCAUUUGCAUGGAAUGGUUUGAAAGCGUGUUCUUAAACUAUUGUGGAGACCGGAGGCCGCAGUUACUAAUUAUAGAUGGUCAUCUGUCUCAUGAGUACCACAAGCUUAUAGAAUUAGCUCACAGAGAACAUCAUCCUUCUGUUUACCACCACAUAGGACCCAUUGGCUGCAGCCACUAGACUUGGACCAUAUUCAUCUGAUAACAACACUAUUUGUUCAGAGUACAUGGCAGCGCCAUCCAAUAUCGUGAAUAAAGAAAGCUCUUGCAAGCUUUUUCGGGAAGCUUGGUGCAAGUCUGUCACUCCCAGUAAUGUAAAGAAUAGUUUCAGAGCAUGUGGGAUAAUUCCUCUGAAUCGAGACGCCAUACCAGUGGAAGCCUACGCUCCUUCGGAAUCUACAAAUCGACCUCUACCACAACCUGAGCAACAAAGUACAAGUGCCCUCCUCCCACAAGGUCAGCCUGACUGUACUUCAACUCCCAAAGGAACAGUAACACCCAUCCAUAAGAUAAUCCAUAGGAUAAUGAAGGACCCACGGUCCUGUGCUCACACAGUUUGGAACCUUCAGAGGAAUGUAUAUCCUGACUUUCAAACAAAAAUAUUGAUUUGGAUUUGUAGUCUAGAACUUUGAGAAACUUAGAUAGCACAGUUGUGUGACCUAGUCUGAUGACCU